AUGUUCGACAUAUCACCAUAUUGUGAUUCUAGGAAUAGUAAUGCGAGCAGUAUUACUUUUUCUAAUUUAAAAUUAGAAGAUAAAUUAAGAUUAUGGAGACAUGACGCUUAUCUAAAAAACUUAUUAGAGACUGCUGCUUUUUGGGGAAAUAAAGUUUUAACAAUGACAGGUGAUUCAAAUGAUGCAUACUGGCUAGCACAGAUAUAUUAUAAUAUGGGCCAAUAUUUAAGAGCAAAAAAAUUAUUACAAAAACUGAUGGAUUCAAGUGUUUUAUGCAGAUUCUUGGCUGCAAAAUGUUGCGUAAAGAUAGAAAAUUAUCAAGAAGUGUUAGAUAUUCUUGGAGAGGAAAAUCCAUUCGAUUCAAGAGAUGGCAAUUUAAAUGUGAAAAAUGCAGAAGAAGGAAUACAACUUGAAGCAUCCAUGUGUUAUCUUCGCGGGAUAGCAUAUUCACAGCAAUCAAAUUUUGCUAAAGCAAAGAAUUGCUUUAAGGAAGCAUUGGAAAUUGAUGAACAAUUAGAUGUCGAAGAGGCACAUUUUAUAAAAUUAAAUUAUAUUUCAAUGUUGAAAAAAAAGAAUUUUAAAUUGUCAAACAAUACUGAUUUAUUAUUAACUUAUGCAGAUGAAUUAUACACCCAAUGUAAAUUUGAAGAGUGCUACAAAAUCACCUCAAAAAUACUUGAAAAAGAUCAGCAUAAUCCAGCAUGCCUUCCAAUUCAUAUUGUAUGUCUUCAUGAACUACGCAAUAAAAACAAAUUAUUUAUGUUGGCACAUGAACUUGUUGAACAUUGUUCAGAUAUGCCUGUAACUUGGUUUGGAGUUGGUUGUUAUAAUUAUUUAAUUGGUCAAAAUGAUGAAGCCAGAAGAUAUUUUAUCAAGGCAUCAACUAUGGACUCGCGAUAUGAACCUGCAUGGAUUGGAUUUGGACAUUCUUUUGCUAUCGAGGGAGAGCAUGAUCAAGCCAUCACAGCUUACAAUACUGCAGCAAAAUUAUUUAAAGGAUCACAUUUUCCAAACCUUUUUAUUGGAAUGCAACAUCUUUUGGCAAAUAAUCUUAAAACAGCUGAAGAAUAUUUAAUGCAAAGCUAUAAUAUAUGUUCAAAUGAUCCAUUGUUAUUAAAUGAGUUGGCUAUUUAUUGUUUCAAAGCAGCACUUAUAUCAGCAGAAUUUACGAAAUGUCGUCAAAGAGUCUGGGAGACUACUUGGAUGAACAUGGGUCAUGUUUAUAGAAAAUUAGGUGAACUAGAUGUUGCUGAAUCGUAUUUUAGAAAAGUAACAUACCUAUCACCACCAAAUCCUAGCGCACUAACAGCUAUCGGGUAUAUUUAUCAUGUAAAGGAACAAUAUGAUGAUGCAAUAAAUUAUUAUCACGAGGCAUUAGGCUUGAGACCAUGUGAUCCUAUAAUUCAAGACCUCUUAUCGUCAUGCCUUGAAGAGAUGGUCAAUAGUAUGAAUAUUAGCAAAAAAUGA